GAGCGCGCGAGUCCAUUUCCCGAGACACACGUGCGGUCCAAAGUCCGCCUUCGCGAGGCCGGGAUGCGGGACGGGUCCUGGGGGAGGCAGCGCCGGGAGGAACCUGCGGGCAGGGAAGGACCAGGGCUCCGCGCUCCACCAGGUCCGGCAAAGAAAAGCUCGGCGGCUGCAAGACCACUUCUCUGUCGCCGCCAAGCUGGAGCUGCAAACGGAGCGCGGUUUUGCCGGGGCCCCGGCUGCUGUGCAGCGACACCAGGAUGCCGCGGCCCGGGAUCCUGAGCCGAAGGCGGUGGCGGUGCCGCCGAGCGCCCGGACAGGGAGCGCGCUGCGCUGGUUCACCACGGUGAUCGUGUAUGCCGCCUACCUGGGGCUGGGAUUGAGUGUUGGUAUACUGGGACCUACAUUUCAAGAUCUGGCAACAAAUGUAAACCGAAAUAUCAGCAGUCUUUCUCUAAUUUUUGUUGGCCGGGCCUCUGGAUUCUUUUGUGGCUCUAUGAUUGGUGGCAUUCUUUUUGAAUAUAUGAAUCAUGUUUUACUUCUGGGGUUAUCGAUGUUGGCUACCACAGUUGGCCUUUACCUCAUUCCUUUUUGCAAGACAACAACGUUACUGAUUGCCAUGAUGUCUGUGUUUGGUGCUGCAGCUGGUGCUCUGGACACAGGUGGAAAUGUCCUUAUCUUGGCUCUAUGGGGGGACAAAGGAGCCCCACAUAUGCAAGCCUUACACUUCAGUUUUGCCUUGGGUGCCUUUUUGGCUCCUAUUCUGGCAAAACUGGCCUUGGGGACAACAGCGUCACCUGAAAACCACACAGAGCCUCACCUUCACCCUCCAGCCCUCAACCGAUCUCCUGAAGCCGACCCAGGCCUUCUGUUUGCAGCGCCUGAUGACUUGAACUUACUGUGGGCUUAUGCUGCUAUCGGCACUUACAUCUUUGUAGUUUCUGUCUUCCUGUUUGCUCUGUUCUUCAAGAAAAGCUCAAAGCAUGAAAAAUCAACAGCGUCUGCUCAGGCAUCUCGAAGAGCUAAAUAUCACAGAGCCCUGCUCUGCCUCCUCUUCCUCUUCUUCUUUUUUUACGUUGGAGCUGAGGUAACCUAUGGCUCUUAUGUUUUCUCAUUUGCAACCACCCACGUUGGCAUGGAGGAGAGCGAGGCGGCUGGCUUGAACUCCGCCUUCUGGGGGGCCUUUGCAGCCUGCAGGGGCCUGGCAAUCUUCUUUGCUACAUGUUUACAGCCUGGAACCAUGAUUGUGGUGAGCAACAUUGGCAGCCUGGUGUCAUCUUUAUUCCUGGUGCUUUUUGACAAGAACCCACUCUGUCUGUGGAUAGCCAGCUCAGUGUAUGGGGCCUCGAUGGCCACCACCUUUCCCAGCGGUAUUUCUUGGCUUGAGCAGUACACAAGCAUAAGUGGGAAGUCUGCGGCUUUUUUUGUCAUUGGUGCUUGUCUGGGAGACAUGGCUAUUCCUGCAGUAAUUGGAAUUCUUCAGGGAGAAUACCCAGGUUUGCCAGUAGUCCUGUACACGUGUUUGGGGUCAGCAAUAUUCACUGCUGCAUUAUUCCCUGUGAUGUAUAAGUUAGCCACUUUGCCUCUGGGUCACCAGCAAAAACAAAACAGAAAGAUCAAAGACCAGAAAGCUUUGCCCUCUAGUUCUAGGCUAUGAAGAAGAAAAUGAAGGAAUGGGUGCAGAAGAAUAGAGCAAAUGGAUUUUGAAGUGGUUGAAAUGAUGCAGUGAAGCAAUCUAUAAGGAGGGAUAUUCAUUUUUGGUUUUAUGUGGUCUAGCCUGUCCUCAAACUCAAAGCAGUCCUCACUCUCAGUAAAAAUAUUUUGAUAUAGAGAACAGCUGAAGUCUCUAACAAAUUUUUCUCAGAUGCAUUAAUAUUUGAAUCUUCUCCAUGGAUAGAAGCAGUUUCCCCAUGAAGCAAUUUUCCAGAACCUAGGACAAAAAUACUUGGGGAAGACGGAUUACUUACUGUCCUUGAAUUAGCACCACUAAUGAAAGGGUGGGUCAGAGCACAGCAUUGGUAGAUUUUCAACAUGCUUUGGAGAUCAAAGUUUCUGGGUCCAUGUAUAGUAAAUACAGAAAAGUUUUGCAAUGUUCUGUAAUUCCCAGAGUCUUCCAUAAACUGCCAAGUUGUCUCAUAUGGAAAGAUCUUUACAAGACUAGUAUUUGUCAUUAGGAUGAUAGGAUAUGUUUUUGUCUUCCAUCUUUCAGAGAAUGCAAAGAAAACUUCUUUUUUUUUUUUUUUUGAGAAAUUACAUAGUUUCUAAUAGAAUGAAACCAUGGAGGAUCUGAUGGAUUUUUGGGUACUUGUAUGCUACCUGGGAAGUUGAAGAGCAUAGUUAUAUGAAAGACCAUCCUUCUAAAUAUAUAAAAACAAUUUUGAUUGCUUUACAUUGUCUAUAGGCAUGGAGCAAAGAACACUAAUGGCUCAUUUGAUCUUUUACUUCUGUGAAGAGAACACAGAGCAGUGUCCCCAGAUCCUGGCUUUAGUCCUUGACUGUUUCCUCCUGCUCUCCACAGAGACACUUUACAGAGGCCUCACCCCUAUCCUCUCCUUUUCUGUGAUUCUCCAAAUGAAAAUGGAUAAUUUCCAAAUUGAAAAUCCUUAAGUUUUACAGUUUUUGCAAGAUAUCUUCUAGAAAUCAAUUUAAGUUCCAGCCCAUCCCUCAUUUCAGAUAAAUGUAACAAACAUAAUAGUUUAGCAUGUGUUACAGAUUAUGAACAUGUGCUAAUUUAAUGUACUUAAUGUUUGAUUAUUUGGAUAAAUUUAUGAAGAGUAAUUUUUCCUGCUGAGUCUUAUCGAUCCUAAGAUCUAUCUUUUCUUCUUACAUUUAAUGUCUUUGAAAUCUGCACAUGGCAAUAAUCAAUGAUCACUUAAUAUUGUGACAAAAUUAUUUCCCAUAUACAUAUGUUGCAUUUUAUAAUCUGGCUUAGAUUCAGUGAAAUAUAGUAACUCAUUCAUUUAUGGAGAUUAUAGUCUUUUGCAGGCAUUUUUAAAGGAAAGGUUUAUUCAUUUGUUUUUCGUGUUGCUAGGGUUGAUCUGAGGGUCCUGUGUAUACCAGGCCAGUGCCCUCCUGCUGAGCUACAUCUCCAGCCCUGAAGAGAAGUUAUUUUAUAUGUUAAUUUUCUCUGAAGUUGAAAUGUACUUCUACUCUAGGGUCAGUGUAUUAGUGCACUAACUCCUUACCUAAUUGUUAAUAUGACCUUGACUGUAAAACUCCUUCUAACCAGCCCACAAAUUUCAGAGAAAAGCAUAAGCAGGGCCUUAGGCAUGUGCAUGUAGAGAAUGGCAUGAGGGUUAAGAUGUUAAGGCCAGAGAUCCGUCAGUGACAGCCCAGGGAAUCAAUUGCAUUGUGGCAAGUUCCAGGUAUUAAAACAGUGGGGACAAAGGACCCAUGGCUGUUCCACUUUUCUGGAGCCCCUGUGCUGAUUUAUCACAGUAUCAAUCUAUCUUCUCUUUUUUCCCUCUUUUCCAAUAAAGUGUCUCCCCUUCUUUAAA